AUGGCGGAACCGAUGGUUAAUGGACCGGCGAAUGAAGGGAAACGGAACGGCAGCAUCAAUGGGCCGACCAAUCCUAUGGUGACACCUCUUCUAACGGAUCUCUAUCAGUUUACUAUGGCCUAUGCUUACUGGAAAGCCGGGAAGCAUGAAGAGCGCUCUGUGUUUGACUUGUAUUUUCGAAAGAACCCCUUUGGAGGUGAAUAUACAGUUUUUGCUGGUCUAGAAGAGUGCAUAAAGUUAAUUGCUAACUUCAGAAUUACAGAGGAUGAGAUUGCCUUUAUCCGAGCUUCCUUGCCUCCAUCAUGUGAGGAUGGUUUCUACGACUACCUUCGAGGAAUGGAUUGUUCCAAUGUGGAGAUACAUUCUAUUUCUGAAGGAUACGUUGUAUUUCCAAAGGUACCCUUAAUGAGGGUUGAAGGACCAAUAGCUGUGGUUCAACUGCUUGAAACUCCACUUCUAAAUCUUAUCAAUUAUGCAUCAUUGGUAGCUACAAAUGCUGCAAGGCAUCGUUUUGUUGCUGGGAAGUCCAAACUUCUUCUUGAAUUUGGGCUACGACGGGCACAGGGACCUGAUGGUGGCAUAGGGGCAUCAAAGUAUAGCUACAUGGGUGGAUUUGAUGCUACAAGCAAUGUCGCUGCUGGGAAAUUAUUUGGAAUCCCACUCCGAGGAACACAUUCCCAUGCUUUUGUCAGCUCGUUUAUGAGUCCUGAUGAGAUCACAGAUAAAUUGCUUCAUAGUUUCGAUGGUUCAAAUGCUUGUGAGGAUUUUGUUAGUUUGGUUCAGACAUGGUUAAGAAAAUUAAAGCGGUCUCAUGUAUUGGGUGGAAUCUUUGGUGAAACCAAUCAAAGCGAGUUAGCUGCUUUCACCUCAUAUGCUCUAGCAUUUCCUUCCAACUUUUUGGCCCUUGUAGACACAUAUGACGUCAUGAGAAGUGGUGUUCCUAAUUUUUGUGCAGUUGCUCUAGCUCUAAAAGAUUUAGGGUAUAAAGCUGGAGGCAUUAGAUUGGACUCUGGUGAUCUUGCUUAUCUAUCAUGUGAAGCCCGGAAAUUCUUUCAGGCUAUUGAGAAGGAAUUUGGAGUGCCUGACUUUGGAAAGAUAAGCAUCACAGCUAGUAAUGACCUGAAUGAAGAAACAUUAGAUGCUUUAAACAAACAGGGUCAUGAAGUUGAUGCAUUUGGAAUUGGAACUCAUUUAGUUACAUGUUAUGCUCAACCUGCUCUGGGUGUUGUUUUUAAGUUGGUGGAAAUAAACAAUCAUCCUCGCAUAAAACUUUCUGAAGACAUUUCAAAGGUCUCUAUACCAUGCAAAAAGCGAUGUUACAGAUUAUAUGGGAAGGAGGGUUAUUCCCUUGUAGACAUAAUGAUUGGAGAAAAUGAACCACCUCCAAAGGUAGGUGAACGAAUAUUGUGUCGUCAUCCAUUUAAUGAAUCCAAGAGAGCCUAUGUGGUACCACAACAUGUUGAGGAGCUUCUGAAGUGUUUUUGGCCUGGUAGAUCAGGAAAAGCUAGGGAAGAACUACCUCCCAUUAAGUUGAUCAGAGAACGUUGUAUUAAACAACUGGACCAGAUGCGGACCGACCACAUGCGAAGGUUGAACCCUACUCCUUACAAGGUUAGUGUAAGUGCAAAGUUGUAUGACUUCAUCCACUUCUUGUGGCUCAAUGAAGCGCCUGUUGGAGAGUUGCAGUAA